GCCCAAGACAGUUCUUCAGUUAAUGAAGAAGACAGCCGUAGUCGAGAGCUGUCGUUUUCGUCUGUUGGAAUAUUGGUUACAUGGCCGCACGAUGUCGUUCUCUGUUGCUCUGACAGUGCUGUAUUUCAUCGCCGUGGCCGGCCCUGGUCCUGUACGCGCAGUGGAACAAAUCACCUGCACCACACAGGCCCGGAAUAUGGAUGGAGAAUCAUUUACAGCGAACUGCCCUGCUGACUGUGUGACUGCCGGAGGAGCUGUCUGGGGUACUGCCAUUUACACAGACGACUCCAGUAUCUGCCGUGCUGCUAUCCAUGACGGCAAGAUCCCGGCUACUGGCGGAGUAGUCAGGGUCAACAAACUACCCGGACAGUCCUCGUACCAAGGCUCCACCCAGAACGGAAUCACCACCUCGUCGUAUGGAGCUUAUGGUAGUUCUUUUGCCUUCUCACAAGUAGAACAAAUCACCUGCACCACACAGGCCCAGAAUAUGGAUGGAGAAUCAUUUACAGCGAUCUGCCCUGCUGACUGUGUGGAUGCUGCGGGAGCUGUCUGGGGAACGGCCAUUUACACAGACGACUCCAGUAUCUGCCGUGCUGCUAUCCAUGACGGCAGGAUCCCGGCUACUGGCGGAGUAGUCACGGGCUACAAACUACCCGGACAGUCCUCGUACCAAGGCUCCACCCAGAACGGAAUCACCACCUCGUCGUAUGGAGCUUAUGGUAGUUCUUUUGCCUUCUCAGAACUAGAACAAAUCACCUGCACCACACAGGCCCAGAAUAUGGAUGGAGAAUCAUUUACAGCGAUCUGCCCUGCUGACUGUGUGGAUGCUGCGGGAGCUGUCUGGGGUACUGCCAUUUACACAGACGACUCCAGUAUCUGCCGAGCUGCUAUCCAUGACGGCAGGAUCCCGGCCACUGGCGGAGUAGUCACGGGCUACAAACUACCCGGACAGUCCUCGUACCAAGGCUCCACCCAGAACGGAAUCACCACCUCGUCGUAUGGAGCUUAUGGUAGUUCUUUUGCCUUCUCAGAACUAGAACAAAUCACCUGCACCACACAGGCCCAGAAUAUGGAUGGAGAAUCAUUUACAGCGAUCUGCCCUGCUGACUGUGUGGAUGCUGCGGGAGCUGUCUGGGGUACUGCCAUUUACACAGACGACUCCAGUAUCUGCCGAGCUGCUAUCCAUGACGGCAGGAUCCCGGCUACUGGCGGAGUAGUCACGGGCUACAAACUACCCGGACAGUCCUCGUACCAAGGCUCCACCCAGAACGGAAUCACCACCUCGUCGUAUGGAGCUUAUGGUAGUUCUUUUGCCUUCUCAGAACUAGAACAAAUCACCUGCACCACACAGGCCCAGAAUAUGGAUGGAGAAUCAUUUACAGCGAUCUGCCCUGCUGACUGUGUGGAUGCUGCGGGAGCUGUCUGGGGUACUGCCAUUUACACAGACGACUCCAGUAUCUGCCGUGCGGCUAUCCAUGACGGCAGGAUCCCGGCUACUGGCGGAGUAGUCACGGGCUACAAACUACCCGGACAGUCCUCCUACCAAGGCUCCACCCAGAACGGAAUCACCACCUCGUCGUAUGGAGCUUAUGGUAGUUCUUUUGCCUUCUCAGAACUAGAUCCGAGAUAUCGAUGUGGUGUUCCUGCGGUCGCGCGCGCUGCUCCUAAGGAUCGCAUCGUUGGCGGAAAUGACGCAAAACACGGGGCGUGGCCAUGGCAGGUAUCCCUCCGCGUCCUGGCUCACAGUUCUUUCCAUUUCUGCGGCGGUGCCCUGGUGCACCAACAGUGGGUGGUGACGGCCGCGCACUGCGUGGAUGAUGGAAGCAGACCCUACGUAGUAUUGGGAGAAAGCAGUCGUUCCGUGGAUGAUGGCACAGAGCGCACGAUUCGGGCCAGAAGAAUCUAUAUUCACCCAAAAUACGGGUUCGGCUAUGACGUCGCUCUUCUGAAGUUGAGGAAACGUGUUCGCUUCACCCCAUAUAUCCGACCUGUUUGCCUGCCCGAUUCUACCACAGUUGUGCAACCGGGGACGGUUUGCACCAUAACCGGCUGGGGAACAACCUCGGAAGGCGGUUCUCUAUCCGAUCAGCUGCAGGAAGCGGACGUGCCGAUAGUGAGUGACGCGGACUGCUCCAGCUCGUAUACCGGCUUGCUGGACUUAGACUCGGAGAUCUGUGCCGGCUACAUGGCGGGAGGAGUCGACUCGUGCCAGGGGGAUAGCGGCGGCCCGCUGGUGUGGCUGACGGAAGGACAGCACCUGCUGAUCGGCUUAACCAGCUGGGGAGAGGGAUGUGCCCGGCCCAACCGCCCCGGUGUGUACACGCGCGUCACCAGCGUGGUGAACUGGAUCAAACGCAUCAUCCAUAUCAACUCCUAACCACGGGUCGCCUC